UGCCCUGUCUCCAAAGGUCCGCAUUCUUGCGCAGAGAGCGUGACUGAGAGUGUACCGUAAAAAUGUGUCGGUAGAAAAAUAUUCUUUUAGGCUAUUCCAAGUUUGGUUACGGGCAAACCCAUCCUCCUCCCUAGUCAAAUUCAUGUCGGAGACAGAUGAUACGGUGGGAGGGAGACCUUGAACCAUGCGGUUUGAGACAAAGGAAGACUUUGCAUGACUUCCAGUAUAAGUAUUGCCUGCAUAAACAGAAAGAGAAGAGAGUGAGAGACCAAGACAGAUUAUUCCAAAUGAUCAAACAAAUUUUACGGUUUGGGUCCUCUCCAGCUCACCGGCAAUGAUUGAAGGGAGCAUGAUAUACUUUCUGCUGUUUACAGGUGUCUGUUCAGCCCUUCAUCAAUACUAUUUUGUCGAUAAGAGCCUGACCUGGAGCGACGCCCAGAGCCACUGCAGGCAGUACGGUGGUGAUCUGGCCACCGUACACGGCCCGGAGAACCAGACGAGGCUGGUGGAAUUAGGUCGCAAGUACAACUCCCAUCUCUGGAUAGGGCUGUACGACGAUGUCGAAUCCUGGACAUGGUCGCUGUCGGAGAACGCUAAUUAUAGCGGCGGGGAGGUGGAGCGCUGGAGCUGGCCCUGGAGGGGAGACGAGCCGAUCAACGGUAGAGACAGGGAGGGAUGCGUCAGAAUGCACCUGGAAGCCUGGGACAUAGUAGAUUGCAAUAUUGGCCAUUUCUUCUUUUGCUUCGACAACAACAAAAAUGACAAUAGGCUCAGCGAUUCAAGUUUCAUCUACGUCCAUUCAAGGAAGAGUUGGUGGGAUGCACAGUCGUACUGCCGGGAACACCACACAGACCUGCCCAGCAUAAGGAACAUUGAGGAGAACAAAUUGUUGCAUGAAAGCCAUAAUAGCACUGUAUGGAAGUGGAUCGGACUGCACCGGAACCUUCGGAGUACGUGGUCGGAUGGGAGCGACUCCUCGUAUAGAAACUGGAAGCACAACACACCACCCAACCGCCCUGCCUGGACCGAGAAUAACUGUACUUUGGCUUUAGCCAACUUUGCGUGGCAAUGGGCCGAUAUACAAUGUAACUCCAAGUUCAACUUCCUUUGCAACGGGGUUCCAGCCAUGAAGAAGUCGUUCAGAAUAAAGCUCAGCUCGGCAGACAUCGACCCCAAUGACCCUGAAUUGAGCGAGGCGAUCCUGAAACAGGUCAAAGUUGCACGGGAAGCUGAAGGAGAAGAUGGUGAACGAAGACCUCAAUCUGACUUGGACGAAGGCCCCAGACGGAGAGAUCUUCCACAACACCCGCAAAGACGAGAAACAACAACAUCCUGAAUUUGCAGAUGCAAGAUGUCCUCUAAAGGUUGAUUAGCCUUGCUUUGAGGAUAUCAGUGUGUUAGCACCUUGUUCUAAGCAACCUCUUCAACUAACCCACUGGUUCCCACCCUGUUUUGCCCCAUGACCUGACUUUAGGGUUGUUUUAACCAUCAUCGGCCCAAAAUAUCGAUGUCCCAGGUAAGGGACCUGCACGUAGCCUAGCUUACUUGUGUCUAUGAAGACAGGUCUUUUGGGACCUGUGUGAGACCACUACAUUUUUAUCAUGAGUUUUGCAAUAUAAAAUUAUUGUAUAACUCUUGCUUAAAAAUCAGCAAUGACCCCCGACCACAUAUGUGGCCCACACAAGUGGGGUCCCGACCCAUAGGUUGGGAACCAUUUAACUCCCUUUACUAUACUAUACUAUGCUAUACUACCCUAUAAUAUACUAUACUAUACUACUUAGCAUGGCGUUACGUAGGUCUGAAAACUAGAAAUUACAGAUAAAACUCCUGAUACAGCUGACGCAGCUCUAGAAUAGCCCAGUUUUAUAUUAUUAAUAAACAAUGAUAUAGUGAGCUGGAUUGGACCCAAACAAUCAAAUGUGUCCAAUCUGAUCAUAUGUAAUAAUCUCUCUCUGUCUCCACAAUGUUUGAUACUGGCAGCCAUGCAAAGUCUUCCUUUGACUCAAACUGCACGUUCCAAGAUACCCCUCCCUUCCUCCCCCUGUCUCGUCUGUCUCAGUGUUAGUUGGACUAUGGAGGAGGACUUGGUAUUGAUUUGCCCGUAACCAAAUUUCAAAACCUGAUGCAAACAAAGAUAUUGGCCCGUACAGCCAAGAGGUUGAAAUGGAAUUCAAAAUCCAAUUCAAUCCAAUGAAUAUAGUUUAGUAGAACAUUAUUUAAGAUACAAUAUAUAUUUUUAUCCGUAUAUUCAUGGUGAAGGAUAGUGUAGGGGUUAGGGUGUUGGACUCUCAUCUGAAGGGUUCUUGGUUCAACAUCCACAGUUCUACUGAAGGACUCCUAGAUCAAGAUACUCCCCAACCUCUACCUCAUGAUAUGUAACCGAAUAAACUCACUGUAAGUGAAUGUUUCAUGUGAUAGUAAAUGUGUAGUUAAUUAUUUAUAAAACAGAUAGUACCGGUCCUUGAUUCUGGUUGACAUGUAGCAGUUCAAAUGCUCUGUAAACAUAGACCUGUGACCGCAUAAUAAUUAAUUUUAGAUUGAAUGCACAGCCAAUCUUCAGGUAAGCUAGCCUGUGUUGCUCGGCAACCUUAUGCUGUCUGAGGAACUAUAAAGCUGUGCGGAAGAACAAGUCAGUUUUGUUUUCAAUUAUUGUUCACCUUUUAUGUUGCUGUGCUUAUUUGGUUAAAUCUCACAAAGUAGUAACUGUUUUACUAGCCAUUUAAUAAAAGCAAUAAACCUAGCGUGAUCCAUUGCCUUAAUCAGUUUUUCAAUAUUAGAUAUUAAUUAUGACUGACAUAUCAAUGAUUUGAAUUUAAUGAUUAGCUAUUAGAUGUUAUUAAUUUGUUAGCAAGUAUAACAACUUUAUAAUAUAUUUUACUUAUAAUUGAUUAUAUAUAAGUGAUUGGUGUCAAUAUUAUUAUUGAUAGAUAUUAGUGAUUCGUUAUUAGACGUUAGUUGUUAUUAAAUAUAUAUUAGAUGUUAGUAAUUCGAUGUAAGUGGUAGUUCUUAGAUGUUAUUAUUGAUUAAAUGUUACUUAUCAAUUAUUAUUGAUUCAGAAUAAGUUAUUACUUAAUAGUUAUAAGUGAUAAGUUAUAAGAUGCAAGUUAUUAUUGAGAUACACGAUUUUCAUUUUAGUAAUAACCUAUUAUCGAUUGGACAUGUGAUUAGAUAUUAGAUGUUCGCUUUUAUAAAAUGUUAGUUAUUAGUAAUAAGUUAUUAAUGAUCAGACAUAAGUAAUAAGUCAUUAGAUAUAAGUGCUAAGUUAUUUUCGACUUGUUAUUAUUGAUUAUACAUUAGUGAUAGAUAUUAACGAUUCUAUGGUAGUUAAUAGUUAGGAAAUACAAGUUAUCAUCCAUUGGAUAUUAGGUAUAAGAUGUUAGUUGGUUAUUUAACAUAGUUCCUGACCACUUACUCUCUUUAGAGGAAAUGUAUUGGUUAUUUAGCUUUGCAUGAACAAAUUAAACAAAUUAAACCUGUU